AUGUUCACCCAACGAUUGGACAGUAUUUUCCUGCGGCUGCACCUCUCUGUUACCACCACCUUUCUCGCACUCAUCUACAUCCUCUGUCUCUCACCCAUAUUCCUUCUCUUGUCCUGGGAACUUUUGAGUCGUCGUGCAGCAGCCCGCGAACCCAAGGGAUGUCGAAAAUUGGGCUUGCAUAAUUUCUCGAACCUCAAUGAUGAGGGUAACUAUGACACGAAUGGAAGACGGAAGAGGAGGCAGAACCAGAAGAAUGAUGCAGGGAAGGGGCAAAUUCGUAUAAAGGCCCUGCUAGCGUACCCUAUCAAGAGCUGUGCUGGUGUUGAAUUCAGUAUUGCCCAAUUUGUGAGUACGGGCAUGGCAUAUGACCGCCAAUUCUGCUUUGCGGAGUAUAUGGAGACUCCACCAGCAGCAGCUGUGGCGAAACAACAACAACAACAAGAUAAACCAACAGGGCAAUGGAUAUGCCGCACAAUGCGCGAUGGGAAGUAUUCCAGAAUGGCCCUGAUCCGACCGGAGAUCUGGGUUCCGGACCCUUCAUCGCGCUCGUACUCAGUAAAUCACCCAGAUGUUCUCUCCAAAGGCGUUCUGGUAAUAAACUAUCCUCGUACCCCAAGCGGCACGGGUCUGUCAUCUCUAUUGAUAUCCAUCGGAAUGAAGUUGGGUCUCUGCUCGCGGGAAGAAUCCUUCCAUGUACCCCUCCACCCACCGCCAUCAAAUAGCAAAACAAGUACAUAUCCUUAUCGCCCGGUGCGUAUCUGGAAAGACAACCCAAUGGCUGUCGACUACGGAAAGCAUAUCCCGCCGUCUCUUAUUACGUUUCUCGAACCCUCAAGACCACUCACUCUUUUCCGAGUCGAUCCAGAGCAUCGUCGGAAUGUUUUCCGCUGCGCACCGCGCAAGGAGGCUCUAGGUUUUCAACCUACCACGGGGUUUGCGGAUGCAUACCCGCUGCACAUGUUGGGACUGGCCAGUGUGCGAGAGGUCGCGGAGCGGACGAGCCAUGCUAUUCCCAAGUUUUCAGUGCGUCGGUUCCGGCCGAACAUUGUUAUUGAGGGGAGCAAGGCAUUUGAAGAAGAUUCUUGGAAAUUAGUACGGUUUGUGUCCGGGCGUGGAAAUGGUAAAAGCCAAUUGCUCAAUGAGCAACUGGAAACCCAGCACCGCGGAAAUCAAGACGGCAUUAUGUCAGAGAUUCCCGAUGAUAAGCAACCCCACAGCCGCAAGGGUGGAGAUGGGGGGAUAGAGGUAUACACGUCAUGUCGGACAGUGCGGUGCCGGUUACCCAACGUAGACCCGAACACUGGUUUGAGACAUAGAGCUGAGCCGGAUAAAACGCUAAAGAGCUUCCGGUGUAUCGAUCCUGGAGAUGCCAACAAUGCAUGUUUGGGGAUGCAGUGCGUUCCUGCUGUGCAAGAAUUCACCCUCCGUGUCGGGGACGAGCUUGAAGUUCUCGAAACGGGAGAGCAUUUCUAUAUCAAGCAGUGA